UUCCGGAUGCUGCGAACGCCUCAGCGCUGCUCUCCAGAUCCUGCCCGUGGAUUGUGCGUCCCUGAAGCUAUGCUGUCAGAGUGUGCUAUGGGUUUACAAGAGCAACAAAAGGUGGAUAAACCUCUGGAGUUGGUGUCAUUUGAGGAUGUGGCUGUGGACUUCACCUGGGAGGAGUGGCAGGAUCUGAAUGAUGCUCAGAAGACCUUGUACAGGGAUGUAAUGCUGGAGACCUACAGCAACCUGGCAUCACUGAAUGUCCAAAUAGAUGAUGACCUAGUGGAGAGGAACCAAGAAAGUCACAGUAGAUGCUCACAGCAAAUUGUAAUUACUCACAGUAACACAUCAGCUGAAGAUAGAGUUGUGUUAGGAAAAUCAUUUUAUUUGAAUUCAUAUUAUAUUUUAAAUCUGAUUAUAAAUAAUGGAAACUAUUUAGGGAAGGAACAUGAAGAGUUUUACAAAUGUCAGAAUGCACUUCUUCCGAAAGAGCCUGAUACAAUGUCUACUGGAGAGAAACCUGAUGACCAUCAUAUAAUUAGAAAAUUGCCCAGACAUCACGAGCAUCUUAUUCAGCAUCCCAAUAUUCAAACUGAGAAGCAGCCUUUAGAAUACAGUGGAAAAGGGAAAUCCUCCAACAUAGAGCCAGUAUUUACACAUAAAAACAUUCAUAUGGAUGAGACAACCUACAAGUAUAAUGAGUAUGGGAAAAACUGUGGUAAGUCAGCUGUCAUUGCCCAAGAAGUAAAUCAGGUAGAAAAGAAAACUUUUCAAUGGGAGGUUUGUGGGAAAAUGAUCUAUAGAAAAUGUAAACUCAGUCAACAUCAGAUUAUGCACACAGGAAAGAAACACUAUAAAUAUACUGAAUGUGAGAAAUCUUUUAUUAAGGAAUUAUACCUUACGUCUCAUUGGAGAACACCUACACAGGAGAAGCUUUAUGGUAGUGAUGAACAUGAGAAAAUUUUUUGUCAGAAGUCAGCCCUUAUAAUGCAUCAGAGAAUUCACACAGGAGAAAAGUACUAUGCAUGUAUUAACUGUGGAAAAAGCUUUUGUGAGAAUUCACUCCUCAGCCAUCCUGAGAGGAUUCACACUGGUGAAACACCGUAUGUAGGUAACGAAGGUAUAAAAUUUUUCUACCAUGAGUCUGCUCUCACUGUAUGUCAGAGAAUUCACACAAGUGAGAAACCAUGUAAAGUAUAUAAAAAAACUUUGUACUGUAAUAUAUGUGGUACAGCUUUUCAGCAAAAAUCACACAACAGCAGCCUUCAGAGAAUUCACACAGGUGAGAAACUAUGUGAAUGGAAAGAAUGUAGGAAAGCUUUCUUCUAUAAAUCAGUCCAUAUUCUACAUCAGGGAGCUCACAUAGGAGAGAAACUACAUGAAUGUAAAGAAUGUGGAAAAGCUUUUAACCAAAAGUCACAACUCAGCAUUCAUCAGAGAACUCACACAGGUGAGAAACCAUAUGAAUGUAAAGAAUGUGGAAAAACAUUUAACCAAAAGUCAUACAUCACUAUUCACCAGAGAGUUCACACAGGUGAGAAACCAUAUGAAUGUAAAGAAUGUGGAAAAACAUUUAACCAAAAGUCACACCUCAGCAUUCACCAGAGAGUUCACACAGGUGAGAAACCAUAUGAAUGUAAAGACUGUGGAAAAGCUUUUACUCAAAAGUCAGGACUCAGCAUUCACCAGAGAGUUCACACAGGUGAGAAACCAUAUGAAUGUAAACAAUGUGGAAAAGCUUUUACCCAAAAGUCAGAUGUCAGCAGGCAUGAGAGAAUUCACACAGGUGAGAAGCCAUAUGAAUGUAAAGACUGUGGAAAAGCUUUUUAUGAAACGUCACAACUCAUCAUUCAUCAGAGAAUUCACACAGAUGAGAAACCAUAUGAAUGUAAAGAAUGUGGAAAAACAUUUAACCAAAAGUCAUACCUCAGCAUUCACAAGAGAAUUCACACAGGUGAGAAACCAUAUGAAUGUAAAGAAUGUGGAAAAACUUUUAGCAAAAAGUCAGAUGUAAGCAGGCAUGAGAGCAUUCACACAGGUGAGAAACCAUAUAAAUGUAAAGACUGUGGGAAAGCUUUUUAUGAAAAGUCACAACUCAUCAUUCAUCAGAGAAUUCACACAGAUGAGAAACCAUAUGAUUGUAAAGAAUGUGGAAAAACAUUUAACCAAAAGUCAGGACUCAGCAUUCACCAGAGAGUUCACACAGGUGAGAAACCAUAUGAAUGUAAAGACUGUGGAAAAGCUUAUAAACAAAAAUCAAACCUCAGCAUUCAUCAGAGAGCUCACACAGGUGAGAAACCAUAUGAAUGUAAAGACUGUGGAAAACCUUUUAACCAAAAGUCACAACUCAUCAUUCAUCAGAGAACUCACACAGGUGAGAAACCAUAUGAAUGUAAAGAAUGUGGAAAAACAUUUAAUCAAAAGUCAUACAUCACUAUUCACCAGAGAGUUCACACAGGUGAGAAACCAUAUGAAUGUAAAGAAUGUGGAAAAACAUUUAACCAAAAGUCACACCUCAGCAUUCACCAGAGAGUUCACCGAGGUGGGAAACCAUAUGAAUGUAGAGAUUGUGGAAAAGCUUUUAACCAGAAGUCAAACCUAAGCAGGCAUCAGAAAAGUCACACGGGUGAGAAAUAAUAUUAAUGUAAGGAAUGUGGGGAAACUUUUAACCAAAAGUCAAACUUCCGCAUUUAUCAGAGAAGUCACACAGGUGAGAAACUAUAUGAAUGUAAAGACUGGAAAAGCUUUUACCCAAAAGUCAGACAUCAGCAGACAUGAGGGAAUUCACACAGGUGAGAAACCAUAUGAACAUAAAGAAUGUGGAAAAGCUUUUAACCAAAAGUUAGACUGCAGAAGGUAUGAGAGAACUCACAGAGGUGAGAAACCACGUGAAUGUAAGAAAUGUGGGAAAACAGUUUACUGGAACUUACCGUAAUAGACAUGAGCAAAUUCACACGUGGGAAAAUCCCAAUUAAUGUAAUGGCUGUGGGAGAAGGCUUUGCUAUAAAUCACACCUCACAUUUCAUCAGAGAACUUACACCAAAAAGAAGCUGUAUAAAAGCACAACUGACCCUUGAUAUUGGAGGUUGGCUCCAAGGGCCCCUGUUGAUGAAAACACUUGGAAAUGACCAAGAACUUUCUAUAA